AUGCCGAAACCUCGCCCGCAAGCCCGGAAGGCUUCAAGGGUGAAAUCGACUGAUACCCAACAUAAGACACAGAGCACAUCCGCAUCACUUAUCGACUCUGCACCGAUCUCUCUGCAACAGCUGAUUCUGAAUAUAUUUGCGGAUAGGCUGGCGGUGCGGCCUGGCGCUGCUGGGCAAGAGAGUGGCAGUGGCACCGGCACGACACUGAGAGAGCAGGUUCAGGCUAUAAAGUCGCAUCUAUUCAAUCGCGAUUUCGACUCUGCCUUUGCUGAUGCGGACCCCGACAUGCUGAGGGCUUAUGCUCUUCGCUGGAGUGCUGGAAGAGCGCUCGCGUAUACAGGUAUCUUCGAAUAUGUCCUGCGGUUGGCGUUGAAUGGCGAUCAGGGAGGAGGACCUGCAGGGCGGUCAAGCUCCCCGGCUAUUGAUAUCGAGGACUUACGAAACAGACAGAUUGUUUGCAUUGGUGGCGGAGCAGGAGCAGAAGUGGUUGCACUUGCUGCUGCUGUGCGUUGGGCAACUGGCCUUGAUAACCCGACAGAAUCGAACCUGAAUCUCUCCAUUACGGCCCUUGAUAUAGCGGAUUGGCGGCCAGUGAUUGACGAGCUUUCACAGGGAUGCAUAUCAGAGUCAGUUCAUAAUAGUAAUAAAAAGUCUGGCGUCUCCCUUCCAUUGCUCAAGGCUAGGGAUCUGGCAAUAUCAUUCCAGAAACAGGACGUCCUGGAGCUUCCAGAGGAGGAACUAUCCCUUUUACUAUCCCCGUCUACGAAAGAUGUAACCAGUGCGGAUGAGAGGAAAGGCAAAGACCCAGAAAAUCCUACAACAGUUUUGAUAACGCUCAUGUUUACACUGAACGAGCUCUUCUCGACCUCCAUGCCUGCCACGGUUGCGUUUCUGCUGCAGUUGACUGACGUGACCAAACCUGGCACCGUAUUGCUGGUCGUUGAUAGCCCUGGGAGCUACUCAACGUUAUCACUUGGUUCCAAGGGAGCUGGGCCUCAGGAAGAGUCCGGCGCAAGAGCAUCCGAGGAGAAGAAGCCGGCGAGGCAGUAUCCUAUGCGUUUCCUGUUGGAUCAUACCUUAUUGACUACGGCUUCAGGCAGUUGGCAAUGCAUUCUAUCCGAAGAGUCACAGUGGUUCAGACGAGACCGUACAGGGCUUGAGUACAAUGUUGGAGACGGAAUUGGGCUUGAGGAUAUGAGAUAUCAAGUCCACGCCUACCGAAGGACUACGGCUCAGUAG